AUGCCCAUAUGCUGUGAUUCCCCGCGGGUAAUCCCAUAUGUGUUUGUCCACGGCCAGUCCAUAUGUGUUUUCCACACAUUACCUCCCCUCGGGCAGGGUGUGGUCUCCGUAGCUUUCCCCUCCUCGGGGAACGCUUUCCUGGCGUUUUGGUCAUGGCUGAAAAACAUGGGAAUUGAGUUCCAAAGCACUCUUCCCCGUGGGCCCAUCUCUAGACAAGUGGCUGCUGUGAGGCCCCCUCAAGUCACAUCCCAUCAGAGCACAGCCCCUAUAUAUUUGAAGACAGAGUUAGAGAAAUGGACAUCAACAAAUGGAUGGACAGUUUUAUUAAAAAAUAAGUCAGUGCUAAUCAUUGUAGUGAUCAGUCCAAAGUAUAAGAUAGAUGUUGAAGGAGACGGAUCUGAUCAACAUGGACUACACACCAAAUACAUACACACUCAGAUCCAAAAUGAAUUCAUCCUGCAGAGAUGUCUGAACUUCAGAUUGGUACCAGUGUUGUUUCCCAAUGCCAACCAAAGUCAUGUUCCACUGUGGCUGCAGAGUACUCGUCUGUACCGGUGGCCUGAGGAUGCUAAGGACCUGUUACUGCGUUUACUCAGAGAAGAGAAAUACAUUGUCCCUCCGUUGGGCAAAGAGCUGACACUCACUAUCAAACCCCUAUAAGCAUUGAUUAAAUGUGAACAUGCAUUUAGACAUCUCACUUGCAUGAAAACAUUCAUUAUUCUUCAAAAUAAGUAAAAACAGUGAAAUACAAUCUCAGAAUUUUAUGCAAACCUUUAAUAAUUAAAUAUAUUAA